AUUCUUUCCAAUCAGCAGUGUAAGGUGGAGGAAGGUGGAUCAGUCUGUAAUUUCCGGUCAGGGGGAAUGCAUGUGCAUUUAGUUCUCAUUAAAACUACACAGACUUAUGUGAGCGCUAUUAGAUUUGAUCUAGCCUUUGGUCUCUCUCUCUAGACUGGAGUGAUCCUACAUGGAAGUGAAACUGUGCUCUGUGUCUGCCUCUAUAGGCAGUGAUCCUACCUGGAAGUGAAACUGUGCUCUGUGUCUGCCUCUAUAGGCAGUGGUCGCUAGCAGGGGAAACUGUGCUCGGUGUCUGCCUCGAUAGGCAGUGGUCGCUAGCAGGGGAAACUGUGCUCUGUGUCUGCCUCUAUAGGCAGUGAUCGCUAGCAGGGGAAACUGUUCUCUGUGUCUGCCUCGAUAGGCCGUGGUCGUUAGCAGGGGAAACUGCUCUGUGUCUGCCUCUAUAGGCAGUGAUCGCUAGCAGGGGAAACUGUUGCCUGUGUCUGCCUCCUAUAGGCAGUGGUCGCUAGCAGGGGAGGACCACAGCAAACUCAGACGUCCCUACUGUACCUAACCUGAACUUGGAGCACAACCAUUCUGGACUAAGGUGUCCAUGGCCCCUAAUGAAGUGUGAAAUCAAAUCACAGUGAUAAUCACACAGGCAGGAAACUCACUGGAUACUACAGUAGUAUAUGUGAGAUGAAGGCCCAGCGAUGCUGCUGAGAUCACCUCCGCCUCCUCAUCUCUGACGCCAUCAUGCUGAAGACGGAGGCCUCAGGGGAGAGGAGCAAUCUCCGGAGCGCCUCUCCCCACCGCAACGCCUACAGGACAGAGUUCCAGGCCCUAAAGAAGGCCUUCGACCAGCCACCCCGGCAGGACAGCAAGGAGCCCCAGCUCAAGGACACUGAGCGGGUCACCCAGCGCCGGGGACGACAGUAUGGUGCCCACGUUAGCCGCAUCAAGGACAUGUUCAUGCAGAUGCAGGGCACAGAGAGCUCCGGUACUUCCACCAGGCGGGAAGACCCGUCGCCUCAGAAGAUGACCAAGCCCACCAACUUCAUCAACCAGGUUGAUGGCUCAGUCAUCAAGCUCACGCAGCACCCUAUAGCGGACCGGACCAGCGCAGGGUCAAAGGUCGUAGAGGCCAGGAAGCUGUUUGAGCAGCAGUCACGUGAUGCAUCCCAAUCGCCUGUCUACUCCUAUGGCCGGGAGAAGAGGGGUUCCCAUGAGCACCUGGAUGACUGGCGAGGGUCGCGCUCCAACAGGGGCAGCACAGACUCCCUGGACUCACAGUGUUCCAGGACGGAAGCCCAGUCGCCCACCGUGAGCCAGCUGAGCGCUGUGUUUGAGAACGUCGACCACCAGGGAGGGGGAGGAGGGGGCCCAUUCCGGCGAGGACGGGCACUCUACUCCCCUGAUAACUUCCAUCGGCACGGCGACCUCAGCGAAGAUGACUCGCGCCAAUCCCCGGUGCGUGGUGGAGGGUACAGGAACCGCGUGGGGGGCAAACUUCCCGUGUCCUCAUCCUCAGAAGACCUCCUCAGCCCUAGCCCACUGUCGGAGACGGUGGAGCUAAAACCCUUCCUGCAUGAGGAGGAGCCCCAGGAGAGAGAGGAGACAGCAGGGGAGUUAGGACAGAGGGACAGAGAGAGACAUCCCGUAAGGGCCACCACCAACGGAGGGGAAGUGAACGGAUCGUAUGAGGAGAAGCAGGCGGAGGAAACCGACACCUCCAGAGAGACGUCGGGAGUCUGCACAGACUCAAGAUCCACAAAUGAUGCCACCGUCGGGGACAAGACUUCCGAGGACACCUAUGAUACCCCAGCUACCCCAGCCCAGGAUGAAGCCCAGGAUGAGGCAGAAGCCCGUGGGGAGGAGGUGGAGAAUGCCUCCUCCAGGCCCAGGGUCUUUCCAGAGGACCAGGCAGAAGAGCCCAAUGAGGAAUACAGUGGGAACGAGAGGGUGAUUUUUAACGCGGACGGAGACGCUUGCUACCAGGGAUGGGGGGAGAGCUGUACUGACCCUGAGGAUGACCUUUACGGUGAUGAUGACGUCAUCUAUGACCCUGGGAAUGAUCUUACUGAGAUCCCUGGUCUACCAGAGGAAGAGAAGGAGGAUAUCCCUCCGAAGAGGAAACUACGCUUCAGCACCAAACCCAUGAUGGUGUUCAACACCUACUGUAACGAGGACUAUGACCGGAGGAAUGAGGAGGUGGACCCGGUGGCCUCGUCAGCAGAGUACGAGCUGGAGAAGAGGGUGGAGAAACUGGAGCUGUUCCCUGUAGAGCUGGAGAAAGAUGACGAUGGCCUUGGUAUCAGUAUCAUAGGAAUGGGAGUGGGUGCUGACGCCGGUCUGGAGAAACUUGGCAUCUUCGUCAAGACUGUCAUCGAGGGCGGGGCAGCUGAGAGAGAUGACAGGAUCAAGGUGAACGACCAGAUCGUGGAGGUGGACGGCACCAGUCUGGUGGGGGUGACACAGAGCUUCGCUGCCUCCGUCCUGAGGAACACCCAGGGAGUGGUUAGGUUUGUGAUUGGUCGAGAGCGUCCGGGUCAGGUGAGCGAGGUGGCUGCUCUGAUCCAACAGACUCUGGAGCAGGAGAGGAGACAGAGAGAGUUGCUGGAGCAGCAGUAUGCCCAGUAUGACGCUGAUGACGAUGAGACUGGGGAGUACGCCACUGAUGAGGAGGAGGAGGCGGGGCCGGCCGCGGACGGUGUGGGGGAUGAGGAAGGUGACGGGGAGAAGAGCAUCGAGGUGUUCGAUUUGCCGGAAACAGAUGACAUUAUUUCUCCCUCAGAGUUGGACGCUACCAAACUCUACCAGACAUUCAGAGAGCUGCAGAUCAAGCACACUGUCACCGAGGCAGAGAUACAGAAGCUCAAAAACAAGCUUGCUGUGGUGGAGAGGGAGAAGGCGCGCUGGGAGAAGGAGAAGAGCCAGCUGAAGGCCAGCAUGGAGGAGAACAAGGAGAGGAUGCUGAAGCUGGAGAGUUACUGGAUCGAGGCCCAGACCCUGUGCCACACGGUCAACGAGCACCUGAAGGAGGCCCAGUGCCAGUACACCACCCUAGAGAAGAAGUACAACAAGGCCAAGAAACUCAUCAAGGACUUCCAGCAGAAAGAGGUGGAGUUUGUCCAGAAGGAGGAAGCAGAGAGGAAGAGGCUGGAAGAUACAGAGAAGGCCCACCUGGAGGAGAUUCAGGGACUGCAAGUCAGGAUUGCAGCCCUGGAGUCUGAGCUGAUGCAACUGAUGAAACAAAAUGGCAUCCAGAUGAACAACAACAACAACAGCGCCCAACAGCAGAGUCCUGGGAUGGCCGGCCCUGCAAGAGAGCUGAGUGAGGUGGUUCCCCACGCUGGAAGUAGACAGAGACUCUCCAGAGGACUACUACAGGACAGCAUCAGCUCUACAGAGGGAGAGGCAUCAGAGGGCCCUGGCAAUACUUGUUCAUCCAUGCGGAGUGCAGCCUCCAGUACUGUGAAUGAAUCCAGAGCCUGCAGGGCCCCUGACAGUGCUGAGGGCUACCCCAGACACACCCUCCUCCAGCAGGCAGCAGACAACACCGGGUCCCAGUCUCCUGUGUUGUCCAGCCCCUCUCUCAGCCUGGACGAGAAGAUCACCAGGAGUGGUCUGGACCCACCGACACAAAGCAAAGGGAAGGACCCCAGAAGCUCACCAGGAAACAGUUCUACAGAGCCCUCCGCUGAGAAUAGCCCAGAGAGGCUCAAGGCCAAGAAAUCUCUUACUUGGCCCCACUUCUUCUCCUAUUCAUAUGACUUGGUUCCUGUGGUGAAGGAUGAUCUGAGUGUCAGCAGUAGCAGCUCAGUGGAGGUCAGUGGUCUGCUAACUGAAGCCAAGAUGUCCGGUCGCUCACACACCCUGGUGCUCUCCUCAGACGAGAGUCUGGAUAUGAUAGAUGAGGAGAUCCUAGAUGGGGGCCAGUGCCCCAAGCAGCACCAGUGGCAGAACCUCAUUGUGACAGAAUGGACCUCCCAGCAGGUGUCCCGCUGGCUCAUGGGACUAAAUCUGGAGCAGUACAUCCCAGAUUUCAUGGCCAAGAACGUAGACGGAGACCAGCUACUGCAGCUGGACAGUACUGAGCUCAAGACCCUUGGCGUUGCCUCCUCCCAGGACCGGGCUCUGAUCAAGAAGAAGGCAAAGGACCUCAAGGUCCUGAUGGAGAAGGCUCGGAGGAACCGGGAGAAACUGGACAAACAGCGAGAGAAGCUCCGUAAGAAAGAGCUGGAGCAACAACAGAAACAGGCCCACAAACCCAGCAGCAAGGGCUACUCCGAGACAGCAGAAGGCGCAGCAAAGUAACCCACGGCUUUAAGACCUACCUCUCCUUGUCUGUCUACCAACAACCACUACAAAGUAGCAUCUCCAGGGAUAGAAACAGUCACCAGAACCACUGAGCUAAAAUACCAGAUGUAUUAUGUGAUAUGUCAAUUGAUAUAACCAGAGAUACUUUUAAGGAGGAGAUGGGGAAACUCCAGUGGAAUCGUAUUAAUGCUCAUUGUGUACGUUGCCCAUGUGUCGUCAAUGGGCCCGCGGUGCAUUCUCGGGGCGAUUCUGGGACAAGGAGAGCUCAAUUGGGUGCUGGGUCAAAAACCCAACAUUACAAAUCUUUUCCCGAGAUGUGAGAUAAUUAACUUGUUCUGUGUAAUAUCGUAUAGCUUUGGAAUCGUGACAUUACCUACUUUUGAGGAAGAUAGGCAGGUUUCUCGAUUCAUACCCUGACUUUGAGAAUUGCGUGACGAUUUGCUUAGCAACAGCGUGAUGCAGCUUGACAACGUGAAUGAGAUCGGUUAACAGUCUGCUGUUAUACGUUCCUCCAUUCAUAGCCCAAUGCGAUUCCCAUCUCCUCCUUUCUGUAAUAUCUCUAGUAUAACACCUAACAGGGCUUGAGUUCAGGCUGUGGAGUUCAGUGCACUACUAUUGGAGGCUGUAGCGCUGGAGGCCGGCACGCUACUGUACCACCGAACAAAUACCAAAAUGACCAGACAGUUGGAUAGUAAAGAUGCUACCCACCCACCUGCCAACCUUUCAUCUCAUUGUACAUCCUCGUAGUGCAGCGUUUCCCAAACUCAGUCCUACGGAUCCCACGAUGUGCACGUUUUGUUUUUUGCCCUAACACUAAACAGCUGAUUCCAAUGAUCAAAGCUUGAUGAUUAGUUGAAACCAAAACGUGCACCCCUUGGGGUCCUGAGGACCAUGUUUUGGAAACCCUGUCAUAGUGUUUCCAAACCUCCACCUCCAUUACAUAUUAUUUAUUUUGCUGUAAUUCAGGUUUAUUUAUUCAUUCGGAAAACAGAAACCCCCAAAUAUAUCAGCUUCACACCCGUCUGCGUUCCUCCUCUUUUUUGAUGUGUUAUAUAAAACACCUUUAGACAUCAUGACAAUGUACAUAUAUGAUCAUAUGGAGAAGUCUAAUGUGCCAUUUUUUAUCAAAUGAACAUGUGUAUUCUGUGUAGAUAGAUCGAUAGAUUUAUGGAAUCUGAAUCUUCCCAUCAUAGUUCUGAUGAAGCACAUACUCUACAAAUGAGCUGUGUAGGGGAUAGUGAAUGCAAUACCCAGAUCUCACCACUAGGUGGGGCAACCAACACCUAGAUCUCACCGCUAGGGGUCAGGACUGUGUGGUGGAUGAUGGGGCAAUUCCAAGAUCGUACCACUUGGUGGGGCAAUACCUAGAUCUCAACAGUAGGGGUCAGGUCUGUGUGGUGGAUGGUGGGGCAAUACCCAGAUCUAACCACUAGGUGGGGCAAUACCUAGAUCUAACCACUAGGGUUCAGGGCUGUGUGGUGGAUGGUGGGGGCAAUACCCAGAUCUAACCACUAGGUUGGGCAAUACCUAGAUCUCAACAUUAGGGGUCAGGUCUGUGUGGUGGAUGAUGGGGCAAUUCCCAGAUCGUACCACUUGGUGGGGCAAUACCUAGAUCUCAACAUUAGGGGUCAGGUCUGUGUGGUGGAUGAUGGGGCAAUUCCCAGAUCGUGCCACUUGGUGGGGCAAUACCUAGAUCUCAACACUAGGGGUCAGGUCUGUGUGGUGGAUGGUGGGCAAUACCCAGAUCUAACCACUAGGUGGGACAAUACCUAGAUCUCAACACUAGGGGUGAGGUCUGUGUGGUGGAUGGUAGGGCAAUACCCAGAUCGUACCACUAGGUGGGACAAUACCUAGAUCUAACCACUAGGGGUCAGGGCUGUGUGGUGGAUGGUGGGGGCAAUACCCAGAUCUAACCACUAGGUGGGGCAAUACCUAGAUCUCAACAUUAGGGGUCAGGUCUGUGUAGUGGAUGGUGGGGCAAUAUCCAGAUCUCACCACUCUAAGGGUCAGGCCUGCUCCUUGACUCCUACUACUUGAGAAUGAUGGCAACACUGGAGCUACUCAAGAGGAACUGAAGUCUAUUGAAUAGACGAGUGUUACUGGAAUAAGAACCAAGUUUGUGGGAGGAAAAAGUAUUUAUACUCCUUACUGGAACUACAAUGGAGAUCUCAACACUGGAAUUCCAACUACUGUAUGAACUAAACUCUUUAGUUUGCUAACAGUAAACUGGCCUCUGCAUCGCAUUAGAGCACUUCACACUGUGAAUGACUAAGGACUUAGUGAGUGGACUGAUUCCUCUUAGUGUGAAGUGAACAGUUCCAUGAAUUUGUAACAUACCAGACCCUGCUCCAAAAACAGUAUGAUGACAUUUCAAAGAGAACAUAGUUUCAUCAACCUAUUUUCAACCUCUUUCUGAUACUCUCUAAAUCGGGUUCUCAAAGUGGGGUCGUGGAGGUACAGUAAGGUUUAAGAGGACAGAUCUAAAAUAUAUACAGUACCUGUCAAAAGUUUGGACACACCUACUCAUUUGAGGAUUUUUCUUUAUUUUUACUAUUUUCUACAUUGUAGAAUAAUAGUGAAGACAUUAAAACUAUGAAAUAACACAUAUGGAAUAUUGGAGUAACCAAAAAAGUGUUAAACAAAUCCAAAUAUAUUUUAUAUUCUAAAAAAGUAGCCACACUUUGCCUUGAUGACAGCUUUGCAAACUCAACCAGCUUCACCUGGAAUGCUUUUCCAACAGUCUUGAAGGAGUUCCCACAUAUGCUGAGCACUUGUCUUGAAGGACUUCCCACAUAUGCUGAGCACCAGUUUGAUCAUAGCGCUUCAUGGUUUUUGUGACUGCACUUGUAAGAAACUUUUUCUUCGUUCUUGACAUUUUCCUCAUUAACUGACCUUCAUGUCUUAAAGUAAUGAUGGACUGUCAUUUCUCUUUGCUUAUUUUAGCUGUUCUUGCCAUAAUAUGGACUUGGUCUUUUACCAAAUAGGGCUAUAUUCUGUAUACCCCCCUACAAAUGUCCCAAAACAACUGAUUGGCUUAAACGCAUGAAGAAGGAAAGAAAUUCCACAAAUGAUCUUUUAACAAGGCACACCUGUUAAUUGAAAUGCAUUUUUUAUUUUACCUUUAUUUUACUAGGCAAGUCAGUUAAGAACAAAUUCUUAUUUUCAAUGACAGCCUAGGAACAGUGGGUUAACUGCCUGUUCAGGGGCAGAACGACAGAUUUUGUACCUUGUCAGCUCGGGGAUUUGAACUUACAACCUUUCGGUUGCUAGUCCAAUGCUCUAACCACUAGGCUACACUGCGGCCCCAUUCCAGGUGACUACCUCGUGAAGCUGUUUGAGAGAAUGCCAAGAGUGUGCGAAGCUGUUAUUAAUUAAGGCGAAGGGUGGCUACUUUGAAGAAUCUCAAAUAUAACAUAUAUUUUGAUUUGUUUAACACUUUUUUAACACAUGGGCAUGUGAGGCUCACAGGGAUAUUGGAAUCCACAGUACUCUACCAAUGAUACAUUUUUCAACUCAUUACUAUUCCCCCAAACUGUUUUAUUUAAAACCUAAAUGCACUGUAAUUGAAGCUUUAAAACUGCUAAGUUUUCUCUCUGACUCAUGGAAAAUUGUGUAGACUUGCAGGAUAUUCGUUUUAAAGUUAAAAAAAAAAUUAUAUCGCUACCUCAUGGCAAAAUGUGUACAAUUGCAGGAAAUUAGCUUGAAAACUGCAAAAAAAAUCUCUCAGAUGAGAAGAGGUGGGCCUUUGAAAUGUUAUUUCCCAUGGUGCUUUCAAGACAACUGGGAACUCUGAAAAAAACUAGGUCAAAUCGUGACGUCAUUGAUCUUAUGAUCGGAAAGUCAGAGCUCUAGGAGGCUCGAGUUUUUUUCAGAGCUCCCAGAUGUCUUGAACGCACUGAAGUCUGAGGUCGGAGAUUUCCGAGUACAGAGUUCUGAGCUCCCAGUUGUCUUGAAUGCAGCAUUUGUUCAUCCAGCCGUGGAGACUACUGCAGAUGUCUCUGAUGAAUUUGCUAACACAAAAGGGGUCCCCGACCCCAAAAAGUAUGAGAACCCCUACUCUAAAUAACUAAAGUAAAACCCACACGCUGCCUAGAUUUUCGCAACCCUACCAGCUUCUACCCGAUUGUCUCAAAGCUGGCAAAUAAUAUGGCCAUAUCUUUUCAGAUGAUUCUGUUUGUGUUUUAUGCCCUGUGAUUAUGAAAUGGCUCGUUUUCUGUGAUUGGAAAAUGUAUCCCACUACCUGUGUACACUGAAACAUGUGAAGAAAGAUGCAGAAUCUGAAAGAGAGGAUUAUAUUUGUGUGCAGGUUCAUCAUUGACUCAGUUUCGCCACAGUACUUACACAAUUACUGAGAUUACAAACGUUCCACUAGAACAGAUACAUACCUCAAUACAGUCCAACCGUUUUGGAUUUAAUAUUUCUGUUUCACAGAUACCUUUACAUCAGUUUUUUUAAAGGACAUUGACAUACAGUACCAGUCAGAAGUUUGGACACACCUACUCAUUCCAGGGUUUUUCUUUAUUUUUACUAAUUUCUACAUUGUAGAAUAAUAGUGAAGAUAUCAGAACUAUGAAAUAACACAUAUGGAAUCAUGUAGUAACCAAAAAAGUGUUAAACAAAUCAAAAUAUAAAAGUAGCCACCCUUUGCCUUGAUGAAAGCUUUGCGCACUUUUGGCAUUCUCUCAACCAGCUUCAUGAGGAAUGCUUUUCCAACAGUCUUGAAGGAGUUCCGACAUAUGCUGAGGACUUGUUGGCUGCUUUCCCUUCACUCUGCGGUCCAACUCAUCCAAAACCAUCUCAAUUGGGUUGAUAUCAGGUGAUUGUGGAGGCCAGGUCAUCUGAUGCAGCACUCCAUCACUGUCCUUGUUCAAAUAGCCCUUACACAGCCUGGAGGUGUGUUGGGUCAUUGUCCCGUUGAAAAACAAAUGAUAGUCCUACUAAGCGCAAACCAGAUGGGAUGGCGUAUCGCUGCAGAAUGCUGUGGAUGCCAUGCUGGUUAAUUGUUCCUUGAAUUGACCGUGAAGGUCUGAUUGUUUCCUCUGAAGAGUUGAUGUUGAGAUGUGUCUGUUACUUGAACUCUGUGAAUAAUUUAUUUGGGCUGCAAUCGGAGGUGCACUUAACUCUAAUUAACUUAUUCUCUGCAGCAGAGAUAACUCUGAGUCUUACUUUUCCGUGGCGGUCCUUAUGAGAGCCAGUUUCAUCAUAGCGCUGGAUGGUUUUUGCGACUGCACUUGAAGAAACUUUCAAAGUUCUUUACAUUCUCCGCAUUGACUGACCUUCAUGUCUUAAAGUAAUGAUGAACUGUCGUUUCUCUUUGCUUAAUUGAGCUGUUCUUGCAAUAAUAUGGACAUGUUCUUUUUUCCCAAAUAGGGCUAUAUUCUGUAUACCGCCCUACCUUGUCACAACACAACUGAUUGGCUCAAACACACUCCAAAUGUACAUUUAACAAGGCACAACUGUUAAUUGAAAUGCAUUCCAGGUGACUACACCAUGAAGCUGGUUGAGAGAAUGCCAAGAGUGUGCAAAGCUGUCCUCAAGGCAAAGGGUGGCUACUUUGAAGGAUCUCAAAUAUAAAAUAUAUUUUGAUUUGUCUAACACCUUUUUGGUUACUACAUGAUUCCAUAUGUGUUAUGUCAAAGUUUUGAC